AUGGCCGGAUGUCCAAAAAUCAAGUCCGUAGCGGUAAUCGGUGCUGGAGCGUCUGGCGCCAUUACAGCGGCAGCCCUUAAAGCUGAACAAUCCUUUGACCGGAUACGGAUUUUUGAGAGACGAGAAUCACCCGGAGGCAUGUGGUUGUUCGAUGCCGGUGUCAGACCUAGUCUUGUAGUUCCGCCAGGAACGAUAGCUCCAGUUGUCGACAUUCCGUUAGAGGCUCCAAAAAUCCUACCUUGCGUAACCCCAACAAACAGACAAGAGCGUUUCUCACGGACGCCAAUAUAUAGCUCGUUAAUGACCAAUACCCCAAGCGUCGUCAUGUGCUUCUCUGAUGUUGCCUUCCCACGUGGUCCUUUUGUCCCUCACCAUGUCGCCCGUCAAUAUGUAGAGAGCUACUUUUCAAUUCACCAGACGGAUUCUCUUCUUGUACUCAAUACUACAGUUGAGGACCUUUCUCAAGUUGCAUCUCCAUCAUGUAAGGGGGGCAAAGAGUGGAAGCUAGUAUUAAGAAAGCACGAACCCGUCCAAGAUGUUGAUAUCUGGUGGGAAGAAAACUUCGAUGCUGUAGUCAUUGCAACCGGGCAUUACUCGAUCCCCAAUAUACCACACGUUAAGGGAUUGAACGAGUAUAUUGAAAAGUUUCCUGGUCGGAUAGUGCAUGCUAAAACAUACCGAAAACCUCACAUUUUUACUUCCCAGCGUGUCGUGGUUGUCGGCAGCGGGAUAUCAGCGAUUGAAAUAGCCAAGGACCUGGUUCCAGUGGCCCAGCUUCCAGUUUACAUGUCCAGGCGAUCAGCACCUAAGGCUCUUAUUCCUAUAGAAGGAGUUGAAAAGCGGCCCAUGAUAUCAGAGUAUCUACUAAAUGGCAGAAUCUUAUUUGACAACGGCGAGUACUUGGAUGAUGUAGAUGCAGUUAUCUACUGCACUGGCUACCAGCCUUCAUACCCUUUUUGGAACGUUAAAGCCAAUGGGCGUCCAUUGUGGGACUAUGAAAGGGACAAACUUAUUAAUAGUUAUCUACAUACAUUCUUUCAAGACUUCCCUAAUCUAGGUAUUGUCGGCAUUCAGCGUGCCAUCACUUUUCGGAGCUUUGAAUACCAGGCGGUUGCUUUGGCCCGCUCCUUUGCUGGCCGUAACGCAGUGGAUCUCCCAACAGUUGAUGAACAAGUGGAAUGGGAGAGAAAGGCAGAUGAAGAGAGCAGAGCUAACAACCGAACCUUCCAUGCGCUUGGGGUUGAGGACGGUGGAUUGCGCCUGUGGAUGGAAAUGCUCUACAAAUUUGCCGGCCAAUGCACCCUAUCGGGUAAGGGGAGGAAUCCUCCAGUGUUUGGAGAGAAGGAACAGGAAGUUGUUAUGAAGCAGAAGAGGGCUGAACUUCUCUCUGAGAGGAGAAUUCUUCUGGGCCAACCUGACGAUGGAUGGAUCCAGGUCGGGGAGACGAAGUACAAGUUGCUUGGAUUCGUCUGA